AUGUGGUCGAAUGUCUGGUCGCAGCUGUCAUUACCUGGUCGUCAGCCCUGUCACGUUAUCGUUUUGUGCCCCAGCCCACAAGAGCUUCACUCAACACUCCCAGCCUUGUUCGACCUUGUGAAGAGACUGGUGAUGAAGUCGCGAGUCAACACCACCACCAUCCUAGUUGCGUUGGUCUGCGUGGAGAGGUGGGGCCGUAACGUCGUUGUGGAUUGUGCCCGCUUAAACUGCAGAGGCACCUUUUUGGUGGCCCUUAUCGUAGCCAGAAAGAAUGUGGACAAACGGCAAAUACCGCUGAGGCGCUUGGCGGCCUGGCCGGGCCAGCCGACCUGUUGGCCCAUUACGACAACGUGA